GCGACCAUGACUCUCCCUCUCUCUCUUCUGCAUGCAUGGCGCUUCUUUCAGAUUUUCUAACUCCUACCCGCCACCUUCUCCCUCUCUCUUUUCCUUCUAUACCUUCUGAGACCCGUCUUGGAGUAUCACAGCGUUCCCUCUCCCUCUGUUGCUCUGUCUAAGAAAGAGAAGAGAGGUCAUGGCAGACCAUGCUGACAUGAUGUCCUUUGUAUAUGAGUUACGAGAGACGUUGGGCCUCUCUCCUACAGAGCGCGGCCCGCCGCUGGUCGGAACCUCCCUGGCCAAACCCCAUGACCCUUACCUCGUCCAGUCGUCGUUCCACAGUUCCUGGCGAAGCAACCAAUCAGACGCCACGGGCGACUGGAGUCCUGUGCAACCCCAUGAUGAGAAGUAUCUCUUCGCCGACUUCGAUAAAGCCUAUCCCUGCUUCCCGGCAAGCAGUUCGCCGCCGGCAGGAUUCUUCUCCGGCGAGUUUGUCGCCACUCGUCCUCCGUCUACCGUUCCUCAGUUCCCUCAGCGUUUCCAACAUAAUUUCUGCCCGAGCGACCGCGCAGCCGCCGAUGGUCACUUGAUUCCGCUCUGCCCCCACAACGCGGAAAGCCUCUGGAGAUUCAACCCGGCCGAGCGGUCGGUUCACGACCAUGGUAUCCACAGGUCCGGUUCGGCGAUACAUGCAAGCCGCUUAACCCAACCGUUUGCAGCUCCUUCUCCACAGGAUCAGGCGACGGCGGAGUCCCUCCGCCAGAGUUGCCUUCCCUCUCCGAUGGGCCAAUCCUUCCGUGGGAAUCAGUACCGGACUCUUUCGCCUCUUGGGGCCGUCCCCUGGUGCGGCAACUGGAUGAACGCCUUCCACAGGACGAGCCUCUCCUCGACUCUGCCCGGCACGUCCAGCCGUGUCGGUCGGAGCCAGGUGGCGUAUUGGGACGACGAUGCCCUGACCAAAAGGACCCCAAGACAGCCUUACCGCCACGAGCGGGACGAAUUGCUGGCCAUGGACCUCGCCGGGGAGUUGGCGAAGAAUGAGUUGGAAGAGAUGUCGCGAAAGGAGGAAGACUUCUCAUUCCUUAUCGAGAACCAGCAGUCUCUGAUGUAUACGUCGCUUGAGGAGGUGAAAGGGAGGAUAGUAGCAGCGGCCAAGGAGAAGCAUGGACGCCAGUUCUUGGAGAGCAAGUGUAAACAAGGUUCGCCGGAUGAGCUCGAGACGAUCUUUUCCGAGAUUAAAGACCAUCUAUGCGAGUUGCUCUUCGAUGCCUUCGGGAAUUACCUUGUUGAUAGUUUUCUGGAUGCAUGUAAUGAGAGGCAAAGAAUGGAAAUCCUUGCCAUUGUGACUCGGAAACGUGGCUUUCUCAUCCAUAUGUCUACUAAUCAGUACGCGGCAAAGGUAGUAAGAAAAUUGAUAGCGACUGUCAAGACAGCAGAGGAAAUUUCUCUGGUCCGCUUGGCCUUGAAACCUGGGGUUUUGACGGUAAUGAAGGACUCAAAUGGCCAUCAUGUUGUGCUAGAAUGUUUGAAGAACUUCAGCAGCAAAGAUUGUGAGUUUCUUGUAGAUGAAGCAAUAGCAUAUUGUGUUGAGAUUGCAACUCAUAACCUUGGAUGUUCUCUACUGCAAAGUCUGUUGGAAGACACUGAAGGGCAGAAGAAGCAUCGGUUGAUUAAUGAGAUAUGUGAGAAUACAUUAUAUCUAACACAGCAUCGCUUUGGCAACUAUGUUGUGCAGUCCGUACUAGACUUAAAGAACAACGCAUCUUGGGCCAAAGUUAAGGUUCUGAGUAUGUUGAGAGGUCGUUUUGUGCCCCUGACAAUGGAUAAGUUCAGCAGCAAUGUUGUGGAGAAAUGUCUGUGUGUUAGUGUGGAAAAGGAGUACGCUCUUAUAGUUAGAGAGCUGCUUGAAUUCCCAGACUUCUUAAAGCUUGUGAAAGACAGUUUUGGUAACUAUGUAAUUCAGUCAGCAUUAAAAAUGUGGAAGGGAUCUGCCGUCCACAAUGAUCUGGUUGGCAGGAUACAAGCAAACGCUUUUGCUCUCCGCUGCCCAAUUGGGAGAAAGGUUUUGCAGUGUCUCAAUUCGGUGUUGAAUAUGUCUUUGUGAAUGAAAGCAAAUUUCAUCAUGAAGUGCUUCCAGCAAAGAUGUUCCUAUAGUAAAUCAACUGAUAGUACACUUGAAUUCGUUGGUUUAUAUUUCUUUUAUUUGUUGGGUGGCCUAAAUGUUGUUUAGGCUCUUCUCUGUUGAUUGUCUUCCUAUGUUCUCUAGAUAAAGAAAUAGUAAGUAGGGAUUGUUAGAUGUGCAUAGUUGCAGAGUUGUGAAGAUGAGCCGAUUCACGAAAACUUGGAAAGGGGAUGGGGACAAGUUUCUUCAAGACUGAGCUGAGUCUGCAGAACUACAGAAACGCAUAACAUACGGAGAAAUUUCUGUCGUGCAGUUCGUGCAGGUCUGGAGGUCAUGGCCAAUGCUUUUGUUAUAUAAUCAUGUAAAUUCACAACU